AUGUCCCUCAUGGAUCAUCAAGAGUCUACGACUUCUACUCCGGACGUUUCUCAGGAGCCGAGACAGGAGACCAGUUCGGAACCUUUUGAGUCCUUUCAACUGUUUAAGGACUACAUGGACAACAAACUGAAGUUAUUGAAGAGAGACAUUGUCGACGAGUCCGAGGAAAGGUCUCUCAGUGUUUUCAAAAAAGGUGAGGAAAAUUGAACGCCAAACUUUAAAUACAAAGGGAACGAAAUUCAAUUCAAGUUCAAUUCUGAUAUUUCUGACAGACUAGAUUCGGCUAGAAGACACUGUAACAGGAGAGAUUUUCCAGAAUGUUUAGAACUUAUAGACACUAUUCAAUGUUCUAUUAAGAAGAGGAAUAAGUUCAUCAGACUGGCGGACAGAUCUCCGUCGGGAUGGGGAUUGAUAUCGGAGUUGGAAGGUGACGAAAUUGCUUCUAAUUCGGAGGAGGAGAGACGGUUUGAAAGGGCAGAGACCAAGGCACUUCGUAAGAGACAACGUCGUGAGUUCGUCAGGCCCCGAGGCAGAGGACCUCAAGGAUCCGUUAACUCAAGUCCUUAUCCUCAACCAACUUUACAACCAACAUCUCAGCCUCCCAAUCAGCCCUUUCGUCAGUACUCCGGGCGUCAUCACCCCGUCUCCAGGCCAUGUUUCUUCUGCGGAGAGGUCGGACACUGGCGAGCCACGUGUCCUGCAGCAGCAGCUUUGCGCCGGUCAGCCCAGCAGAACUCCAGGGAGGGUAGCUCCCCAACAGGACGCAAGAAAUACAGUGAGAGACAAAGUCUUGGAGAAAACUAA